AUGGCGCGGCGCAUCGCAUAUGGAAUCUGUUUCAUUCGUCUUCCAGCAGAGAUUGUCCUUAUGUUUCCUGGCCUGCUUGCCACAGCAUGGCCUAACGCAGGUCGUGCUAGUGUGCAAGAAUUGGUACGAGAGGUGGUUUUCAAGUGUCGUCUUCGGGCAAAACUAGCAGAUAGCAGAGGGUCGAGUCUAUGGAAAGACUGCAGAUUCAUCAAAGGAUUGCGGAAGGAGUCUGCCCGUGGCACCCUUACCGUGUACUAUGCUGACCGACGAGACGCAACCGGAGACCGUCCAACCCUGACAAAGGUUAUCCAGCUAGCCCAGGAACUCACUGGGGAGGCAAGCAAAGAAGACGAGGAAGCUGUCCGUACCAGCAAUGAUCGCCUUGCGGAUACCCUGGAUGCUAUCGUACAACGGAUUUCAGAAUUCCCCAUAAACAUGGGUAGCCACAUGGCCUCCCUCUAUAUUUACCCCUUUGGGAAUGAUACUGCCAGAAAGGCGAGUGCUUGA